GGGGGGGCGGAGCCGAGCGGCGCGCGCGGCCGCGCGGCGACCGGAAGCAGCGGCGCGCGAGGCCGGAAGUAGCUGUGGCGGUGUUGGGCCUGCUGGAGGUGGUGGCGACGGCGGCGGUUCAAGAUGUCGAUCGAAAUCGAGUCCUCGGACGUGAUCCGGCUGAUCAUGCAGUACCUGAAAGAGAACAGCCUCCACCGAGCGCUCGCCACCCUCCAGGAGGAGACGACCGUGUCCCUCAACACCGUGGACAGCAUCGAGAGCUUCGUGGCUGAUAUCAACAGCGGGCACUGGGACACGGUGCUGCAGGCCAUACAGUCCCUCAAGCUGCCUGACAAGACCCUCAUCGAUCUCUACGAGCAGGUGGUGCUGGAGCUGAUCGAGCUCCGGGAGCUGGGUGCUGCCAGGUCCCUCUUGAGGCAGACAGAUCCCAUGAUCAUGUUAAAGCAGACUCAGCCAGAGCGGUACAUCCACCUCGAAAACCUUCUGGCCAGAUCUUACUUUGAUCCUCGUGAGGCAUACCCAGAUGGAAGUAGCAAAGAAAAACGGAGAGCUGCUAUUGCGCAAGCUUUAGCUGGAGAAGUCAGCGUGGUACCUCCAUCUCGUCUUAUGGCAUUGUUGGGCCAGGCACUGAAGUGGCAACAGCAUCAGGGCCUGCUUCCUCCUGGCAUGACAAUUGACUUGUUCAGAGGCAAAGCAGCUGUGAAAGAUGUGGAGGAAGAAAAGUUCCCCACACAGUUGAGCAGACAUAUUAAGUUUGGGCAGAAGUCACAUGUGGAGUGUGCUCGGUUUUCCCCAGAUGGUCAGUAUUUGGUCACUGGCUCUGUUGAUGGUUUCAUUGAAGUAUGGAACUUCACUACUGGAAAGAUCAGGAAGGAUCUGAAGUACCAGGCACAAGACAAUUUUAUGAUGAUGGAUGAUGCAGUGUUGUGCAUGUGCUUCAGCAGAGAUACAGAAAUGCUAGCAACUGGAGCACAAGAUGGAAAGAUCAAGGUGUGGAAAAUCCAGAGUGGUCAGUGUCUGCGAAGGUUUGAACGAGCGCACAGUAAAGGUGUUACUUGCCUCAGUUUUUCUAAAGACAGCAGCCAGAUUCUUAGUGCUUCUUUUGAUCAGACAAUCAGGAUUCAUGGUUUAAAAUCUGGCAAAACUUUAAAGGAAUUCCGUGGUCAUUCCUCCUUUGUCAAUGAAGCUACUUUUACCCAGGAUGGUCACUAUAUCAUUAGCGCGUCCUCUGAUGGCACCGUGAAGGUUUGGAACGUGAAGACGACAGAGUGCUCAAACACCUUCAAAUCCCUUGGCAGCACUGCUGGGACAGACAUUACUGUGAACAGUGUCAUUCUGCUGCCUAAAAAUCCAGAACACUUCGUCGUUUGCAACAGAUCCAAUACGGUCGUCAUUAUGAAUAUGCAGGGACAAAUUGUGAGAAGUUUCAGCUCUGGUAAGAGGGAAGGUGGUGACUUUGUCUGCUGUGCACUUUCUCCUCGUGGUGAAUGGAUCUACUGUGUUGGUGAGGAUUUUGUGCUCUAUUGCUUUAGCACGGUGACUGGCAAGCUGGAGAGAACUCUGACGGUUCAUGAAAAAGAUGUCAUUGGCAUUGCUCAUCACCCCCACCAGAACCUAAUUGCCACUUACAGUGAGGAUGGGCUCCUCAAACUCUGGAAACCAUAACUUGCUUUUCAAUGAGCUAUGGAGUGUGCCUGUUGUAUGCAGGAUAUUGAUGUUUGUGCUUCUACGAGGUCUAAAUCCCCUGAGCUUGAUACUUGCUCAAUUUUCAGUUCAGGUUUCCAGAAAACACCUUUUUUAAUUCUUGGUCUAAAAUUAGCUAGGUUGAUGCUAGAUACAGCAUCAGUUAAUUUCAAAUACUUUUACCAGAGUAGCUGAAACAACUUCUGUGGGAAUGAUUAUUCUGUCUCCUGAAGUCUGUACUCUUCUUACGUUGUUUAUAAAAGAGAUUGAGCUAGAAACUACUCAUAUUUAUAAGUGGCCACUGACUUCCUAGAAUGCGGUCAACUGCUUUUUUAUUUGAGUGAAUGAUGUGGAAUAAGAAGGCUGUCUCUUCUCCACUCUCGAAACGAAGGGAGUGUAAGCGAACCUGCUUGUCCUUAGCUUCAAGGCAGAAGCAUUUCUAGGCCAGUGUGUUUUGCUGUGUUUCAUUUUUCCUAUACUUCUUCCAACGAUACCUAUGAAGUAGCAUUGUAGAGCUUUCUCAGAAUGGAACCGUUCCUCAUCUUCUUUCCCAUCUCCCAGAACUUCCCCCUAAAAACCUGCCUCAUGUGGCAGUGAGCUGUAAUAUUAUUGUGUCUUGUGUUUUGUUUUUUAAUUUUCCUUCCAGGCAAAAAAAGAAUUACCUGGGCCCUCUUCCUAUGAGUGCAUAAUAUGUUCAGACCAGCUUUAAGACUGAAGCUGGCCUCAGGGGAUCAAUGUUUUAUGGCAUGCAAAAGCCUGUUUUGCAUAGACCAAGUUCCCAGUGCUGUGAUGCUGCACUUACAUUAAUACUUCGAUUUUAAGUUUAUCCUCAUCCUCCUUCUUCCUGCAGAAGGGAGCAGCAUACUGAAGCUUUAAAUAAUAUUUGUGAAAGUUUUUUAAUUGCACAUCCUCCUGGACAUAGAUAAGGGUGACACUUAGUGAUACUUAGGUCCCACACUAUGAUAAAAGAAGCUUUUAGGCCUGAUGGAGAAGGUGAUGGUUCUGUCUGAGAUCCUGGCUACUGCAGACCAUUGUGAACUAGUAUCUUCUAAAAUCCAACCAUAGUUUCUCUAGGAUGCAGCUAAAGUCAAGGUUUUGUCUGUAAUGAUUGUACAAAUACAUGUAGAUUUGAAUCUGAUGUGCUGUUUUCUGUCCUCAUCUCUUGUAGAAUGCUUUCCUGCAACAGUAACCUUUCAAACAGUAAUAAUUUCUCUGUGAGUUAAUAAAUUCCAAUUUAAAUAACCUCACAUUUUUCUCAGCUGAUGGAAUUGGUCCUAAGGCAAGUAUCAGUCAUCAGCCUGUGACUGACAUCUUUCAGCAUUGACCUGUACACUUAUUUGAUCUGUGUUCGUGUCUAAGGAAAUGCAGAAAGUUUUUUAGCAUAAAUUCUUGCAUAGUAUUGCUUGUUCACUACAGCUGUAGUGUUUAGUUCUGCUUAAGCUGUAAUGUUCUAAUUCUUAAGUUGUUUUUUACUUCCUUAGGUAUGGCAAUAAAGUUAUUUUUUAGAUAGCAAAAAGUGAUUUUUUUUCCUAAGUGAAAAUAUGCUGGUUUGUCAGAAAUAAUUCACAAGCUCCAUUGGCAGUUUGUACCUCUCAUACAGGAGAGGAUCUUGCCAAAAUAUUUUCAAUAUUAUCUAACGUGUGACUCACUUCUGCUUCAGAUUACAUGGAGCUGCCAGUCCUUAAUGUAAACUAGAUUUUUCAUUGCUCCUUAAAAGAAAAGUAGUUAUAGCAACUAGACCUGUCUGUCAAAAUCCUGAAUGUUUGAAGAUUGAAAUACAUUUUCUAGUUUUAAAAUGCAAGAGAGAGAAAAUCUGGCAUCUCUUACCUUUUUAUUUAAGAUUUUCAGAGUCUUUCUUGCCUUAAGUACUCAAGAGAUAGAAAAGGGAAAUGUACUAAUGUUUAUGGAAAGCCAGUGGAAAGACUUACCUUCUUGGAUGCAGCCAUUCUAAAAUAGCUGGUACUUGGCACAAAAUUACAAUGAUAUUCUUGAAAAUGUUCUUCAUUUUUUAAGAUAGUCCAGAAAAGAGAUUUUAACUCUGGAAAAUAUGCCAGGUGUCAUGCUGUUUUAUCUGUAAGAUUUGAACAAGGCUGUAUCUAAUGCUUUAAUUAGCAUUAAAGAAAAUAUUGUUCACUG